AUGAAUGCCAGCACACCAGUCAUUCUUAAAAUCCCUAAUGGAUUUGAUGUCAUAGGUCGUGUGGUGCAAUUUGCACAGCAUUUCGGGGUUUCUGUAACUGUGCUUACUGGCCAGGGACUCAUUUCUGCUGUUGAUGUUGGGUAUCCACAAGGUGCAAUCCCACCCCCAUGCGUUUCUACAAGCUUCCAGAAAAUUUCAUUUUCUGGGACUUACUGUUGUUGGAAUGCUGCUUCUGGAAACAUUAUUAGUUGUUUCAAUGUUCAAUUUGCAGAUGUUGCAGGUGAUGUUAUCGAAGGACGGAUUCACUCUCACAUGAAAGCAGCAAGUGUUGUUACUCUUGUUCUUGCCGUUUCCACACAAGUCUGA